AUGAAUUUGAUAUGCCAAUAUCCAAGAAGAUGCGACAUCCUAUCACCUGACCUCGAAUUGAAGCAAGCGGAGCUCUUGCUACAAUAUGAAAUUCCACACAUCAACUAUGAAUCGAAUAGCUCUGCAAAUUCACGUUGCUCGUCGGCAGUUGUCGGAAGCCCAAUAUCAUCACCAGGGGUUCCUACCUCGCAACCAGCACACAACCUGUUGAGUGACGACAGACAUCCCAACUCGCUCUUGCAGUCACAAACAUCACAGAUUCUUACGCCUAUAAAGUCUACGCUGCUCAAUCACUAUCUUGAGCACACUAGCAAAGAUAUGACCGUUGACGAGGAAGACCAAUACACUUUGCAGGUCGGAAUUCCGAACCUAGCUUUCCAGAACAAGGUCCUCAUGAAAUCUAUCCUCGCAUUCUCGGCAGUAUGUAAAUGCUGCGAUAUUAUCAACCAGCCGCCAAUAUCACAUGGAGACCGUGGACGAGUCGUGGUGCUUCUAUCUAUCGCAGAGCAAUAUCACAUGGAAUCACUGCGGGAGAUACAAGCCACACUCGCUGAGACUGAUCAAUACGACCACAUUCUUGCAAAUGCGGCUAUUAUGGGAAUGUAUGGAUCGAGCAGUCAUCGUGUCAGAAUCUGGCUGGCGGAAACAGCAUCCGACGAUGACCUAGAAAGGGGGCGGUUUAUGCCAAAAAGCUGUCAAUGGAUUAGUCUCUUCCGCGCCGUGCGCGUGGCCUAUACAGGAUUACUCAACGACAGAUUUAAAACAGAGGAUAUCGUUCAACUUGCCCCGGUCAUGUCACCUAUUCACCCUGUUUCAAGUUGCGAUUUUCAGAUCUAUUGCGAAUGCAAGGUGACAUCUUGGGGUGAGCAGGCAAUGAGCCCCCAGGAUCACGCUUUGUAUCCUAUUUUAGCUGCUACGGUGGUACCCGCAGUGAAAGAGUUGCGAAGAAGGGCCGAAGAAAUCGUCAGAAGCGGGAUGGGUGGCUAUCAAGAGGGUGAUAUACCAGCUAUCCAUAAUGACUCCGAUGUUCAAGCAUGUUUUGCUGCGUUAGAACUAUUUGAAAACAUUGCAUCCGAAACCUUCCCUGGUGAGAAAUUGAUGUCAAACGUUCCAGCGCAUUCCAGUCUCGCUUCCGAGGUCGAUAUUAGUCCGGUCGGACAAGUUUCCAAAGUUUCGCCUUGGAUGCGGAGAUACACAGCCAGAAUAACGUCGAUAAUCCCGUCGAAUCUUCCGCGAAGGUUCAUUGUGGCAUUUGUUCACAAAGCUCCUACGAAAUAUCUGAACUUGGUUGAAGACAUGAUGGAUCUCAUGAAAAGCGGAGCACCGCGUGGACACGAAAUAACUAGCUGUCCCCUGAAUCCCAUGAACUCGGAGCCUAGUCGAGCACAUCAGCUCGCCCUGGAUAUAUUUGCCCAUUGGCUUGUUCUGGUUAUGUUACUGGACAAGGUAUGGUGGAUCGGUGGCAUUGGAGCCUGGGAACUUGGGCAGCUUAUCUCCCUUAGGCAAAAUAUGCGAUGGUGUAUGUCUCUGUGGAAGAAAGAUGAAGAUUGGUGGCCGGGAAGUAUGUUUGAGAUCAGUCGACAGUUCAACAAACACCGAGCGAAGGAUUGA